AUGCGACUGUACUGGGGUUUUAUUCACAUCGGUUCUGACAGCGGCAGCUUGAGCGAGAUGGACGAAGUAAGCAACUUCAAUAAGAUGGAACUCCAACAGGCUUUGGAAAAGAAUGAGAACCUUCGCAAGAAAAAUGAAGGGCUGGAAAGCGAACUUCACGACCUGCAGAUAGGCUAUGUCUCAUUGCUUCAAGGAUGCUACAAGUAUAAACUGGAUGAGGCGUUAGAGGGUGGCAAGUACGCCAGCAUGCCUAUAAAUGCCGAGCACAAAGAUCGUGUUAGGCAUCUUUUGGAGGUUGCUAGAAGGGAUGAUCCUCGAUUACCUUCGGCUUCUAUAAUAUCAUCCCACACUGGAUAUACAAGCACGUAUGGUUUCCAAGAGUCCUUUGACAACGAGGAAACAACAAUGCUUUACCUUGUCAGUCUCCUACUACAUACCUACAUGAUGAAUUCGUCCCCAGAAGAAGUAAAAGUGGCCCAAUGGAAUGAAAUUUUGAACUCGGAUUUCAGCCUAGUUCCUCGAGCACGCCUUAAAGACCUCUGCCGACAAGGCAUUCCGGAUGGAAUGCGCCACCUGGUGUGGGAGCAGUUGGUUAAACUUGGGGCCAGCAUGUUUCAAAUGGACAUGGACCCACAAUACUACCAAAGUCUUGUAAAUAAGGUCAACGAUAGUCAGGUGGAUUCUUCCUACCGACAUCAAAUUACUUUGGAUUUGCUGCGCACCUUUCCCAACCACAUUGCAUUCAACAGACCAGAAGGAUUUGGAGUUCAGAAAAUGCAGGAGGUUUUGCAGGCCUUCACCAUCCACAAUCCAGAUGUGGGAUACUGCCAGGGCAUGAACUUCAUAGUUGGAAACGCUACACUGUUCCUUGAUAAGGAAAUCACAUUUUGGCUACUGGUGCUGAUCGUUGAGCACUACUUUCCACAGAACUACUUCAAUGAAGGCCUCAUCGCUGCACAGGCUGAUCAGAUCAUCCUCCGUGAUCUGAUCUCCAAGUACUGUCCCAGCAUUGCAUGCGCAAUGCAGGAACUCGAAGUUGACAUAACAACCAUCACUUUGAAUUGGUUCAUCGCUGCCUUUGUCAACAGUGUACCCAUUGAGAAUCUCAAGGAUUGA